CAUUAGGUAAAUAUUUAGUACUGAGACGAACCUUCCUAGCUGCAUUGACGCCAUGUUGGUGUCUUAGCCACGCGGGCAAGCGGCGCAUUAUUGACCUGUGUUUCCUCCUUUAAGUGUAUUAUUGAGUGUUUCUUGGGCAUUCACAAGGCAGCAAGAUGACGCAGUAUCUUCCCCCGAACCUGCUGGCAUUGUUUGCCCCGCGGGACCCCAUCCCCUACCUGACCCCUGUGGACAAGCUUACCUGGGAGAAACCCACAGAUGGAUACUCUGGGGUGGCUAGCUUCAUCACCAGGUUUGAGGACCCUAAGGACACACCUCCUCCUACGAGAGUGGAGACGAGGGAGGAGCGACUGGAGAGGAAACGGAGGGAAAAGGCAGAACAGAUGCAGUACAAGCUGGAGCAGGAGAUAGCACUCUGGGACCCCCACAACAACGAGGCCGCCACCACUGAUCCUUACAAGUCACUCUUUGUCUCUCGCAUCAACUAUGACACUUCCGAGUCCAAACUGAGGAGGGAGUUUGAGAUUUACGGCCCUAUUAAGAAGAUUGUCAUGAUUCACAACGUCAAGACAGGGAAGCCUCGUGGAUAUGCCUUCAUUGAAUACGAACACGAGAGGGACAUGCACUCGGCUUACAAGCACGCAGAUGGCAAGAAAAUUGACAACCGCAGGGUGCUGGUGGACGUGGAGCGUGCCAGGACAGUUAAAGGGUGGCUGCCGCGACGUCUUGGUGGGGGACUCGGUGGCACCAGGAGAGGUGGGCCAGAUGUCAACAUCAAACACUCGGGCCGUGAGGAUGACCGGCGGAGGGGAAGUGGCAGGGAUGAAGAGCGCAUCCCUGACCGAGACAGAGACCGUUCAGACCGUGAGCGAGACAGGGAAAGGAGACAUUCCCGCAGCAGGGAGAGAGAAAGGGAGCCCAGGGAGAGGAGGAGGAGGUCUCGCAGCCGUGACCGUAAGAGGCGUCGUUCCCGUUCCCGUGAGCGAGGAGGAAUACCGGAAGAAGGUGACGAAAGGGAGAAGAGACGCCACCGCUCCAGGUCUCGGGAUAGGAAGCGUCGCUCUAAGUCGAGAGAGAGGAAACAUCGCAGGGACAGGGAUCGCGAGAGGAGGGAGAGAGGGCCGGGAGAGGAAGGCGAAGAGGGCAUAAAGAUCAAACAGGAGCCCGAGGAUGAUUACCCGGACUAUGGCAGCACCUAUUACAACAACUAUCCCAUGAAGGAAGAGGACGAGCGUUUGGCCAAGAAUGGCACCAAGUACGAGGAGGAAGAGGAGGAGCCCCACAACGAAAUAGAUUAUUAGUCUUACUGGAGUACUCUGAAGGUAGGGAGGGGAAAGGCAGGUUAUCAGUCCCUUGGAGGAGCAUGACAGAGUGGACUAAGGUGAAUAAAUACCGACUUAUGUUGUGUUUGGAGGUGGAGUGUUGCUUUGUGAGGAGCAGCAAUUGUCCUUUUGCCAGCCAAGGUGUAGGUUCCAGUAGGCAUUACAUGGUGGUCUCUGUAGGUUAGGUUCCAUUACAUCACCUUUAUUGGUUUAUCAGUGAGUGUUGAGAGUACAAUAAUGGCCUUUUGAGGUAGAGGUGGAAAGUCCUCUUGUGUUCAGAUUCUCUUCUAUUGCUCCUGCUGCUGUGGUUGCUUGCUAAGGGAGGAGUGAAUUCAGUGGUGCAGAAUUAGUGGCAGCAUUAGGAGGUUGCAUUGAAGCAGAGGUGUGUUAGUACUGAUCGCAAGGCAUGUUGAAAUGACCAGGUGGAGUGAAUUUGUCAAGUGUUAUGUCAUAGUAAGAUAAAGCAAUCAUCUUUGUCAACUGUAAUAUGCCCACUUUGAACAUGUACACCAGCCUGUGCUUGACAGUGCCUGUUGAGACUUGCUGGUGUGCACAGUAAUACAUUGGCAGGAUACAGAGAACAUAUGGAAUGGGUCAGACUGGCUUGUUAUCUUUUGUGUUUGGUUCCUCCAACUGUAUUUCAGCAGUACACCAGGGUUAGGGUCAGUUGAGAAAGCCUCCCUGUUGGUGUAUAUGAACAAGUAUGUAAUACAAUUAUAUGUACAAGACUGUUCAUGCUGACAAAUUGCUGAAUGAAGCUUUUUUUCUGUAAUGCUGUAGUGUAUUCUUAAGACAGACAGGCUUUGUUUUGACUUUGUUUUAAUGGCUUAAUCAUUAAGUUGUGCAAUACCUCAGGGUUAUUGGGAGUAGACCUCUUUGUAUCCUUUCUGCAUUAGUACUAGUGAUGCUCACCUCACCUUUUAUUAGUACUGUUUACAUAUUGCUGUAUCUUGUACAGAAAUUCUUGGACAUGUAUGUGAAAUGAAUACCUGAUUGAAAUUAAGUCAAUGAGUGAAUUAGCCAUAGGUUCAAGACUUGGAUCAAAACCCUGGUGUCUGUUGCAACUCUCAGGCCGACAAGACUGAUCUGAUCACUUGCACUCACUCACUGAGGGUGCUCUGGGUGCUGAGAUGCUGCUACUCUGGGCAGCUGCAGCCACAUGUACAUUAUCACAUCAUUCUGGUUGUCACUCAGCUGUGUAGUCAAGUGUAUAAUUCAUCAAUGACGUAAGUGUUUUGGAGCCUAGGAUCAUCUGUGUCAGGUGUGUGUCACUUUAGCAUCCAUGUAAGGGAAGUGUUCUUGCCGCAGGAGGUUUGUGGCCAGAUAUGUUUAGGAUCUUUUUUAAUUAGAGAUGAAAUAGGACAUGUGUUGUAUUUUUAUUAUUAAUUCUUCUGUGUGAACUUCAGGAUGUGUCUGAAUUUUUGGAAGUUCUUGCCCAACAAGAAAAAAUGUAUGAAUGAUUGCUAAUAAAUUAAGAAGGUAAAAACUUAA